UCCCGCUAGGUGGCGUGUGCUGUGAGCCUCGUUUUCAGUAUGCUAUAAUUUUCCGAUUCAGCGUCUGCUAGCGUACGAACGACAGGGUGUAAGUGUUGUCUGGAUAAAUUUCAAACAGAAAUAAUUCUGAAAAAUAUGGAAGGAGCUACCGAAACAACAAAUGUGUUGGUGACCGGCGCCGCUGGUUUUAUCGCCACACAUAUAAUUCAACAACUACAAGAAGAGGGAUACAAGGUAAGGGGAACAUUGAGGUCACUCGAGGACAAAGAAAAGGUGGAAAGAUUACAGAGCCUAUCUCCAGAAGCCGAGUACAAACUAGAGCUUGUAGAGGCAGAUCUCACCAAACCUGAAUCAUGGGAGGCAGCUGUGCAAGAUGUGACGUACGUUAUACACGUAGCAAGUCCAAACCCGUCUCAAGCUCCAAAAGACGAGAGUGAGGUUAUAACUCCAGCAGUAGAGGGUACACAAGCUAUUCUCAAGGCAUGUGUACAAGCCAAAUCGGUGAAAAAAGUUGUUCUCACAAGUUCGAGCGUGGCAGUUUGCUAUGGGCAAGCCGAGGCCAACAAAGUAUACACUGAAGAAGACUGGAUGGAACCAGAAAAACUGGACGGGUACGGCAAGAGCAAAGUGAAUGCGGAGAAGGCGGCCUGGGAUUAUGUUAAGGAACUUCCAGAUGAAGACAAGAUUGAGCUGUCUGUAGUGAACCCAGGAUACGUUUUAGGGCCAGUACUUUCCGGCGCCCAGUGUACCAGUACUGAUGUAGUUAAACGUCUGUUAGAGAGGAACAUCAUGUUUGUACCCAAACUGAACUUCUCUUUAGUUGACGUACGUGACGUCGCCGCUGCCCACAUUAAAGCAAUGACGCUACAAGAAGCGUCAGGGAAACGACACAUUCUUGUGAAUGAAAAUCUGUGGAUGAAAGAAAUUGCUGUUAUUCUGUCAAAUGAGUUUAAAACUCAAGGUUAUAAUGUACCGACAUCUAAUUGUCCAAAUGCCAUGUUAAGUGUUUAUGGUAUCUUAAACAAGUCAAUAAAGAUGAUCAUUCCCCAGUGUAACAAGGUGAUCAAGUUCGACAACUCUAGGAUGAAAGAAGUCCUUGGAAUUACACCACGUGACGUAAAAGAAACCAUCAUUGACAUGGCUUACAGCCUUAUAGAAGCUGGAUUGGUAAAGAAGUCAAAGAAGUACAAGGGACCAGGUGGUGCCCAAGAAGAUGCUAAGGAAGAAGAUGUUAAGGCAGAAGAUGAGGAAAAGAAAGAGCCCGAGGAUGAGAAAGCAAAGGAAAAUGGAGAUAUAAAAGAUGCAGAUAAUAUUGAAGAUGAUUUGAAGAAGGAAGGAAAGGAUGAAGGGAAAGAGGGUGAGGAAACUAAAGAUAAUAAAGAAGUUGAGGAAGAAAAAAAUGCUGAGAAAACUGAAACAGAAGACAAAGAAAAGUCAGAAGAAAAAUCCGAAGAGAAGACAGAAGAAGCAAAUGUAGAAAAGAAGGAGGGUGAAUAAGAACGUAAUCUUCGAAUUAGGACAUUUAAAGAUAAUUUAUAAUGAAUGACACAAUGUUAAAGUUUUGGUAAUUGCAGGAAAAAAUAUAGUAGAAACAUAAAGCUAAAAGAUAUAAUUACUGGCCUUGCGUAUUUCUAUAGUAAAAAAAUAUUUUAACAUAUAUUUUGAAUUUGUAAGGCAGUUUGCAAUUAUCUGGAUGUUAUAUUAACGACGCAUGUAACCAAGUACAUCAUCUAAACAAUUAUAUUAUAAAUGUGUAUUUUGUUAUCGCCCGACAUGAAGAUUUUGUUGAAGGAAUCACCUUCUACAGACUUACCAGCCUUGUAGCCAAAUCAUAGAAUUUUAUAUGUUUGCAUGCUCCAUGGCUUAUCGGUAUAAAAGUUGAGAAUUUGCCCGGCGAUGAUAAGAGCACACAUUUUGGAUUUGUAUACAUGUAAAGAUUCAAACAUUUAUCUAGAUGUCGUGUUGAUCUAUAUUUUACUUUUUGCUUUUUCUACAUAGCAUUACAUCUGUUCUCAAGUCAUUGGAUCAUUCAUUUCUCGUGAAAGUAAAAAAACUCUUGCUCAUAAUAGUAUCAUCAAGAUAUAAUUAAACUAGAAUCGCUUCUUGUCUAUUCAUACAACAGUGUCUUAAAUAGUUUGUGUUUCUUCGUAAAUUAUUUUAAGGUAUUCUGAUCGAUAUAUAAAACAAUCAACAUAGUCUUCUCAUCCUUAUUCUAUCGUCUUUAAACGUCUAUAGCCCAACGUCAGCAUUUCAUCAUCAUCAUUAAAUUCAUCAUCACAAUCAUUAUCAUCAUCAUCGUCCUCAUCUCUCGUAUUUUAUCUUCAGCAUUUAGUGUUUCAUUUAUGUAUCUAAUCAUUCACCAUGUAAAUGUUGGUAAAUGUUGUGUAUUAUUUUGUGAUUUUACAGCUUUUCAAUGCAUUCGCAAUAGCAGUAUUUUACUAUACAUUCUGUACAAUAUUUUCUCAACAACAUGUUUUGUAAACGGAUCAAUCAUCUAUAUGUCUAGUCUAGUGGUGAGCUAACACAAGUGCAAGUUCAAUAUGACAAUGAUGAUGACUGAAAACUGAUGACAUAUGUUGGGCGUUUUCUAGUCUUUGGUCAAUGGUAUUGUUGAUGAUAAAAUUAUGUACCAAACUUGAUCUACAGUUGUCUGAAAAAUAACCAUUUUUAUACGUCAAUCUUAUUUCUCUCUUAAACAGAUUUGAUGUUUUUUAGACAGAUUUUACAGAUAAUGUUAAAGUUUUCUUGAAACUGACAUGUUUUCAUGUAAAUUUGUAUUCAUGGCUGAUUUUAUUGUGCAUAUUUACUGUCUUACAAUAUUGUGCUUAUAUAUGAGUUAUAUAUUUUUUGUACAGUUCUAUAUUUUGUACAUAUUUACCAAAAUAACAAUUUGCUAUACAUUUAUUAUAAUGUAUGUUUCUUAAUGAAUGUAUUUUUUAUUUUAUAUUACGCUUUUUAUGAAUAUUUUUCUAUUGAUAUUACAUUUCACACCAGUAUAUUAUGCUUUUGCGUAAAUUCAGUUUUAUACAUGUGUUCAACUUGAAUAUUUUAAAAUGAGCGUAUUUUCAAACGCUUCGGAUGAAAUUGUAAUUCAAAGUGCCAAAGUUGUUUCGUAUUCGUACAUAUAGAACCAGAUAGAUUUUUCUCAAAAGUUUAGUACUGUGAACAUUAUUUUCUUAAUAUAUUCAAUAAACAUGCUCUCGGCUGAUACCCAUGCGGAUUGGUAUGUUCAAAAUAAUAAGAAUAUAUAUAAUUUUUCUAAUGCUAAACGCUUUUUAUAAAUACAUUUACUUCUAGUCAUAAUCAUUAAAGUUUAUAUUAUUAUAAAAUAAUCUAAGUAUAGAUGUUUUAGUUAUACAUAAAGUUUUGGCCGGGCGUUGUGAAAUAAAUUUGUAGCAAUUUUUCUUCCAAUAUAAUCAGUUAAUGCUCCUCUAUCUCGUCUUAAAAUAUUCAAAAUUUAUAGAAUCAACAAUUAUAGAUAUAUACAUAUGUAGAUAAAUGCAAACUAAUAUUUACAGAAUAGAUUUUAUACCGGUACUGAGAUUAGCUACAUUGAAAUAGUGCCAUGUCGAUGGCGUGUAAAGAUACCAGAUAUAGCGUUACCGCAGGCCGAGGUUAUAAGAAUGAUGGGUGUCUUUUGUCGAAUUUUGUUUUUCUUAAAUGGGACCAUGUUAAUCACUUAAGAGACCACAAUAUUCCAUAUUUUUGGUUGCUUCAUUAUAAAGUUUGGUUGAUAAAAACGCGUUCUAAAAUAUCAUCACACUGCUUUUUUGGAUUUCUUGUCAUACAUGACGCAUUUAAGUCGACUUUUCACUCGAUAUUUAUACAUCCUGCUGUGUUAACUUACUGACUUAUACAAUUCUGUUCUCAGAAACGUUUCAAACAAAAGUUAAAUUUGUGGGAAAAUUUCUAUAGUAAAUUUUUCCCCCCGACUGAAACAAGCAUGUGGAGUCGUGUGCUUGUUAGGGCAGACUUCGUGAAGCAUGGAUUUAAAAGAAAUAAAAGUUAUCAUGUUCCAAGAUUGUUUUGAAUGGUCAUUAUAAACGUUUCUUUUAUGAUAAUAUAAGCUAAAUUUUGAAUGUACGUAACAAUUCUUGAACAUUUCCCAUCAACUAGGCAAAAUUUUACAUGAAAUGACCAUUUGACAGACCUUAUUUGCAGGCUUGUGUGCAAAUGUUUUGGUUCUUAAGAGUCACUGUGCUCGAUAGAACGAUUUACUGUUGCCAAAUUUAGACAAUUCUUGAUUUUAUUUUAAAAUCGUCGGAAUAUAUUUAUUUUGUAUGGAACAACUUGGUGUUUUACUACAGUCAGUGCAGCAUCAAUGACUAUGCUUGGUGAAUAUCUGGUCUAGACCUUGUCUUCUAAAGAUUGUUAAGUUGAUACAUUUUUGUGAUUAGCCAUUGUAAACUGCAUUAUAUUGUGUAUUAUUGUCUAAUUAUGGUAACAACCAGUUGUAAAUGUUGCUUUAUAAUGCUUCAAUUGUUAUAAAUAAAGAACGGUUGGAUACACCA